UCUGUAGCCCCGCGUCCCAAGCGCCCUAUUAUGGACUUCCUGGAGGCAGAGAGAGGCUGGAGCCUGUCCUUCUCAGGCUCUGGCUACAUUGGCCUCUACCACGUGGGUGUCACCGAGUGUCUGCGCCAGCGCGCACCUCGCCUCAUCCAGGGCGCCCGCCGCUUCUAUGGCUCCUCCUCAGGCGCACUCAAUGCCAUGGCCAUUGUCUUUGGCAAGUCCACAGACUUUGCCUGUUCCAAUCUCCUGGACAUGGUGAAACUUGUGGAGCGACUAAGCCUGGGCAUCUUCCAUCCGGCCUAUGGACCCAUUGAACACAUCAGGAAAAAGCUGUAUGAAGCUCUUCCUGACGACUGCCAUAUUCUAGCCUCCCAGAGGCUGGGCAUCUCCAUGACCCGAUGGCCUGAUGGCCAGAAUUUCAUAGUCACCGAUUUUGCCACUAAGGAUGAACUUAUCCAGGCUCUGAUCUGCACCUUGUAUUUACCCUUAUACUGUGGGGUGAUCCCCCCGGCGUUCAGAGGGCAGCGCUUCAUUGACGGGGCUCUGAGCAACAACCUGCCCUUCUCCGAUUGUCCCACCACCAUCACCGUCUCUCCUUUCAACGGGACAGUGGACAUCUGUCCCCAGAACAUAUCACAUAGUCUUUUUGAGCUAACUGCCUUCAAUGCCAGUUUCCAGAUCUCUACUAGGAACUUCUUUUGGGGGAUCAAAGCCGUGUUCCCCCCCAAGCCUGAGGUGGUGGCUGACCAUUGCCGACAAGGUUACCUGGACGCCCUGAGGUUCCUGGAGAGACGGGGACUUACCAAGGAGCCAGUGCUGUGGUCGCUGGUAUCUAAGGCGCCUCCAGCCCUCGUGGAGGGGCCCAGGGGCACUGACCAUGACCAGGGCCAGAAGACUGGCCCAACUGUCAGGUGGGACAUCCCUAGUGUGCUGGUCAAGGACGUGCCCAACUUCGAGCUGCUGUCACCGGAGCUGGAGGCUGCACUGAGAAAGGCAUGCAAGAGAGACUUCUGGGCCCGUGUCCAGUGCUCAGUGCCAGGGAAGGUGCUGACCUACCUGCUUCUGCCCUGUACGCUGCCCUUCGAGUAUGCCUACUUCCGGAGCAGGAGGCUGAUGGAGUGGCUACCUGAGGUACCAGAUGACUUGAAUUGGAUGCGGGGCCUCCUGAAGAGUACCACUCUCGAGGUCUACUCCAUGGCCAAGUCAUGGCUUCUCAGGUUGGGCAGCCCACCUGCCACCCGAGCAGACUCCGGUCUCCUCCGGCAGCGGCGGGGGACAGCUGCUUCUGGGAACAGGCCCUUGAACCACAGGCUCGCUGAUUGUGCACUGGGCUAG